AUGAGUUUAAAAACUUUAUUACAAAAAACUGCUUCGCAAUCAAGUUUUGGAAAAACCAAAGAAGAAAUAGCUGAAAAUAAUGUUAAAAUUGAAUGUGCUGCAUUUAAUAAAUAUUAUCAAAAACAAAAUGAUUGCGAUAAAAAUGAAAAAUCUGGAACAAUACCAAAAUUUUAUUUUAAGCUUCCCAGAGAGCAUGAAAAAUUAGCCAUUAAAUUAAGAGAAGAAUCCCGUGCUAUGUUUCUUCAAAGAAGAAACAGAGAACUACUUGGAAGUAAUGAAUUAAACUCAUUAUGGAUAUUAUUAGAUAAACAUCACAGUCCUCCUUAUUAUUCCGACGAACAAUUUAUUAAUUACCAAGACUUUUUGAAAGUUGCUUCUUUAGCAGGUGCCAAAUGCAAGCCUUAUUUUGUUCCUGAAGUUUUUGCUAAACUUCAACAGGGAGAUAAUUAUGGAAGAAUCAGUGUUAUGUCCCUUUUUAAUUACAUAAUGAAAAAAGUAUGGUUGCAUCAAACUAGAAUAGGAUUGUCUUUGUAUGAUCAAACUGGCCAAGGAUAUCUAAGAGAAUCAGAUUUAGAAAAUUAUAUUCAAGAAUUAAUACCUACUCUAACACAAUUAGAUGGUUUGGAAAAAUCAUUUCAUAAUUUUUAUGUUUGCACAGCUGUCAGAAAGUUUUUAUUUUUUUUGGAUCCUUUAAGGACAGGAAAAGUUAGAAUUCAAGAUAUUUUAGCAUGUAGUUUUUUAGAUGAUCUAUUAGAAUUAAGAGACGAAGAAUUGCCAAAGGAUGCACAAGAUGGAAACUGGUUUUCAGUACCUUCUGCUUUAAGAGUUUAUGGACAAUAUUUAAACUUGGACAAAGAUCACAAUGGAAUGUAUGGAACUGGCACCCUAACAAAUGCCUUUUUAGAUAGAGUAUUUCAAGAAUGUUUAACCUAUGAAGGCGAAAUGGAUUACAAAACAUAUUUAGAUUUGGUUUUAGCUUUAGAAAACAGACAAGAACCUCAAAGUUUACAGUAUUUAUUUAGAAUAUUAGACAUUAACAGCAAAGGCUAUUUAGAUACAUUUUCAUUUAAUUAUUUUUUUAGAGCCAUUCAAGAACAAAUGACUGCACACGGUCAGGAACCUGUUUCUUUUGAAGAUAUAAAAGAUGAAAUAUUUGAUAUGGUUAAACCAGCUGACCCAUUUAAAAUAACUUUAAAAGAUUUAUUUCAAUGUGGUCAAGGUGAAACUGUUGUUAGCAUAUUGAUUGAUCUUAAUGGUUUUUGGACUUAUGAAAAUAGAGAAGCAAUGGCAUCAGAAGCUGUAGAAGACAGUUCCGAUUCUCAAUAA